UCCAAAGCCCAACGGGCAUCACCCGACUCCCACGCCUACCCCCAGAAUGUCUGUGUGCUCGCGGGCUACCGUAGUGAGCAGCAUGGACAACACAUCCAGCGGUCUGCACACCGUUAUGAAGUGGAAGACUGUUCUCGCCAUCUUCGUUGUGGUAGUGGUGUACCUGGUCAGCGGUGGCCUUGUCUUCCGAGCUCUCGAACAACCAUUUGAGAGCAGCAAGAAAAGCACCAUAGCCCAGGAGAAGGCGGAUUUCCUACAGAACCACCCCUGCGUCACUCAACAGGAGUUGGAUUCACUAAUAAAGAAAGCCAUUGAAGCCGAUAACGCUGGGGUGAACCCUAUUGGCAACUACUCAAACAGCAGCAGUCACUGGGACCUCGGAAGUGCCUUUUUCUUUGCCGGGACUGUAAUCACUACGAUUGGGUACGGAAAUAUCGCGCCCAGCACCCAAGGCGGGAAGAUAUUCUGCAUUCUUUACGCCAUUUUCGGAAUCCCUCUCUUCGGCUUCCUCUUGGCUGGAAUUGGAGACCAACUGGGAACCAUCUUCGGAAAAAGCAUCGCAAGAGUAGAAAAGGUUUUCAGGAAGAAGCAGGUGAGCCAGACGAAGAUCCGAGUGAUCUCCACCAUCCUCUUCAUCGUGGCGGGGUUCCUGGUCUUUGUGACCAUCCCCGCCGUCAUCUUUAAGCAGAUCGAAGGUUGGACGGAACUGGAGUCCAUUUAUUUUGUGGUCGUUACCCUCUCAACCGUGGGAUUCGGUGAUUUUGUGGCAGGUGGGAACACGGACAUCAUCUAUCGCGAGUGGUACAAGCCCCUGGUGUGGUUUUGGAUCCUGGUCGGUCUGGCGUACUUCGCGGCCGUCCUGAGCAUGAUCGGCGAUUGGCUUCGGGUCAUAUCCAAGAAAACCAAGGAAGAGGUCGGCGAGAUCAAGGCUCACGCGGCGGAGUGGAAAGCCAACGUGACAGCAGAGUUCAGAGAGACGCGGCGGCGGCUCAGCGUGGAAAUCCACGACAAACUUCAGCGAGCGGCCACCAUUAGGAGCAUGGAGCGCAGGAGGCUUGGGCUGGACCAGAGAGCCCACUCGCUGGACAUGCUUUCUCCCGAGAAGCGUUCGGUGUUUGCCGAGCUGGAAACGGGGCGCUUCAAGGCCUCGUCCCAGGAGAGUAUAAACAACAGGCCCAACAACAUGAGACUGAAAGCGGCCGAGCAGUUCAAUUUACACGGACAGGGGGUCUCGGAGGAUAACAUCAUCAAUAAGUUUGGGUCCAACUCAUCCAAGCCGACAAAGAGGAAAAACAGAGACUUGAAAAAAAACCUUCCGGAGGACGUGCGGAAGAUCUACGAGAACUUCAGGAAGUACUCGGUGGAUGAAGAGAAGAGGGAAGACGAGGCCGACAACAUUUCCAACUCUGACACGGCGACCCUGUCUGACUUCAUCCAGCACUCGGUGAUGGAGAACGGGUCCAUACCCUGCGAAACCAAAGAAGAGGAACACGAGAACAAAGCCCUCCUUGAAGAGAAAAACUAAAAAAAAGGGCAGCUUUGGAGAUCAUCGCUCCGUCUCGGCACAAGCUUGGCCUUGGGCCGCGGAGUUGGGAAGAAAAUGGACGUUGUACUUCCCACUCCAAGCCCGGACUUAGUCUGUACUCCGACCGAGCAGUAACCUUUGACCCCUUCUGCGUUGUAGGGUCUCUCCAGCACAGAAGGGGGUUAAAUAUUGUCCUUGUGUGAAAGGAGCUUCACUCAUGGAUCCAGGAGCGGGGGUGAGGCAAGCUCAGCCUUUACGUUUUCAGCUCUUGAUGGAGUACAACCCUUUUAGCCCCCGGGACGGGGCGUUGUACGCCAACAACGGCUGGAAAUCGGCCGGCCGCUCGCUCUCUCGCUUCAGAAACAGACGGACGGAAUUUGGUUUCUUUAAAACGAGUUAUUUAAGACACGUGCCUUAUGCAGACUUUUAAACUACUUGGGAUUCUUUACUCACUGCGUUGAUGAAAUUUACUGUGCCAUAAGAGACUGCCAAAAAAAAAAAAUAAUAAUAACGAGAGGAAAUAAUUAACCCGAGCGGAAGAACAAUCGGGUCGUGCCGGUGGAAGAUUAAUUAAUGUGGCAAUUAUAAAAAAAAAUAAUGGCAGCAUAUUUUGCUCUGUGAUUUAAACAGGGUAGGAACAGGUUAAAUAUAUGCAUUUUGUGGCACAUUGGUAGAAUAAUGAAUAUUUUAAAGAUAUAUAUAUCAUCCUUCUAACCUCCAUAUCAAGCCAGCCGUGACCCGGCUAAAGCUACAUCAGCACACGCCAUGGGAUAACUGUGCUUUUUAACCAAUGAGAGCGCUGCGGUUUUAACGGCAACCAAUGAGGAAAGCUGACACUGACGACGUUCCGACUUGUAGCUCUAGACGAGGCUCUCGAACGUUCUAGGCGUUGAAAAGGUGUCUUUUUAAAGAAUGGGAAGAAUGGUCCAAUGUGUGUGUUUUUUAUACAUAUAUCUUGUAGACACUUUAUAACGCCGACGAAAUUUCAGCCAUUGAUACCGUAACACGGGAAGGAAGCUAGCAUCGCGCAUGCGCUUUGAGAACGCUUCGUAUUUUAAAAGAAAAAUUGUCAAAAAGGUUGAACUAGACCCAAAAACGUUGUGGAUAUCUGCGUCCAAUUCUCAGGGCUUUGUGUCCCUUUCUAUAAAACCAAGGGUUUGAUGGGCACUGUAUAACCCCCCCCAAAACAAAGGUAUUAGAGAGUCUGUGGGAGCAUGAAGGAGUUAAAGGAGUGAAGGAAUGCCAUUUGGUGCCAUUUUAAUUUUUAACUUUUUUAUAUUUCAGUUAGAAAUGUAUUUGUUCUCAAUCACCCGUUUCUAAAAAAAAGAA